AUGCAAAGACGCGGCCACAGGGGAAAUUACCCCGGCCGGGUAACCGGGUAUCCGGGUAAUUCGUCCCUGUCCCGUCUUACCCUACACGACACGUCAAACCUCCUUAGUGAUUCUGACGGAAUCGGAUGGAUUUAUUUGGAAGGCUUCGAAAUCAUAACGGGUUUAGAUGUGAGGAGUCUGAUGUGUGUGAAUAUUAAAGGGGUCGUGUUAUUUUGA